AUGGAGCCUCAGCCUUCCAGCAAGUUGUCACACAAAGUGAAAGCCAUGUUCCUUGGGGACGCGGCAAAAUCUGCCGAGGAGCGGUUGCUCGUCCGGAAACUCGACAUCUUUGUUCUGACUUACUGCUGUCUGAGUUAUUUCGUCAACUAUCUUGCCGCCUUUGCCAAUGCUUAUGUUGCCGGCUUGAAAGAAGAUAUAGGUCUUCAUGGGGCGCAGUACAAUGUAUUGUUGUCAAUGAUGACCGCUGGUUACGUCCUCGCUCAGAUUCCACAUGGCAUCAUCAUCCAGAAGAUCUCGCCGCGCAUAUGGCUGCCCUCUAUGGUUGCCCUUUGGGCUGGUUUGACCAUGUGCACGGCCGCCUGCAAGACGUAUGAGCAGAUGUGCGUGGUACGAUUCUUCCAGGGCAUGGCUGAGGCGAGUACGUACUGCGGAACCAUGUACAUUAUGGGGUCGUGGUACAAGCCUUUGGAGAUUGCAAAAAGGACUGCAAUCUUCACCGCCGUUGGCCAGGCCGGUAGUAUGUUUGCUGGAGCUAUGAUGACUGCUGUCCACAAGAGCAUGAACGGAUAUGCCGGUCUCCCGGGAUGGUAUGUUGAUCGAGUCCCGAAACCAUGGUCCUGUAAUCUGCCGCAGGCUUUAACUGAAAUGGUGUCAGAUGGAAUCAUCACUCUCCCUGUGGCCAUCGCAGGCUUCGUCUGCUUCCCGGACAUUCCAGAGAACACAAAGGCACACCCCUAUGCCCUCAAGGAAGAGGACAUCAAGUUGGCCAUCAAGCGCCUCCCGCCCAAAAGGGAAGACGCACAUAACAUUUCUCCCUUGUCUCUGGUUAAACGUAUCCUCGGCCAACCAUACUUCUAUGUCCUUGGCGUCUUUUCCAUUGUCACAGGCGCCCUGGAGGCUUUCUGCGUACAGUCGCUAUUCUUACUCUGGAUGAAGUACCACAGCGACCGGUACAGCAGCAGCCAGAUCACGACAUAUCCACUGGGCGUACAGGCCGUCGCCAUUGUGUCUAAUAUUGGAGCCGCCAUUUAUAUGGACUCGACGGGCCGUCGCUUGCCUGUCGGAUUCCUGGCAUGCGGUCUACAGCUGGUGUCGGCGGUUUUAAUUCUUGUCCCCAGUCUUCCUGAUGCUGGCACAUUCUUCGCUUACUAUAUCGCGGGAACGAGUUACAUGGUAAACCCGCUCCUGUUCGGUUGGGCAAAUGUGAUCCUAAAGCGAAGCGGAGACGAAGCUGCCCGAAGCGUGCUGUUGUAUUGGCUGAAUGCGAUCCAAAGCACUCUGUAUACUUUUUGGGGCAUUGCCUUGUACCCUGCCAACGAGGCACCGUACUGGCGAAAGGGCGGUAUCGCCAUGUGCGUGGUUGUGGUCAUAAUGGCAUGCAUGCUCUGGGCCGUCAAGUGGCUGGAUAGGAGAUCCAUCGCCGAGCAGUUAGUGGAGGAUGAGGAUUCUGGGGUGGAGGUGGCACACUGA